AUGGCCAAAUUACUGAAGAAACCUUUGAAGCUUGCUUGCGUGCAGCUAUCAACUGGCGCCGACAAGGCGGCCAACCUCGCACGAGCAAGAUCAAAGGUGCUCGAAGCAACCUCCAAGGGUGCCAAUCUUGUCGUCCUGCCCGAAUGCUUCAACUCUCCUUACGGCACUAAGUACUUCCCCAAAUAUGCUGAAACGCUGCAACCGUCACCACCAACUGAGUCUCAAUCGCCUACCUUCCACGCCCUUUCCGCUCUCGCUAAGGAGUCAAAGGCCUACCUGAUUGGAGGCAGCAUCCCCGAGUACCUUGCCGAAUCAGACAAGCACUACAACACAAGUUUGGUUUUUGGUCCCGACGGAAGCCUGCUGGCAACACACAGAAAGGUUCACCUGUUCGACAUCGACAUUCCGGGAAAGAUCAGAUUUCAAGAGAGCGAGAUCUUGAGUCCUGGAAACAAGGUCACCUUGGUCGAUCUGCCAGAGUACGGAAAGAUCGCUGUUGCCAUCUGCUAUGAUAUCCGCUUCCCCGAGCUGGCCAUGGUUGCUGCAAGACAAGGCGCUUUCCUGCUGGUCUAUCCUGGUGCAUUCAACCUUACUACCGGUGAACUGCAUUGGAAGCUUCAAGCUCGUGCCAGAGCUAUGGAUAACCAAGUUUAUGUGGGUCUCUGCUCCCCUGCUAGAGACAUGACUGCCGAUUACAAUGCUUGGGGUCACAGCAUGAUUGUCAACCCGAAUGCUCAGGUUCUCAGUGAACUUGAUGAGAAGGAAGACAUCGUCUAUGCCGAUCUGGACGGAGAAACAAUCGAGCAGACAAGGAAGGGCAUUCCGAUCUACACCCAGAGAAGAUUUGACGUUUACCCCGACGUCAGCAAGGGCGACGUUAAGUACGAAGAAUAA